AAGUAAACUCUCAGCAGACAAGGUGCACCGUGGGUAAUGUAGGCCUCACUUUUUGGCAAGGAAAGGGAAUGGGUUGAUAGAAAGGACAGCAUCUCUGAUUGCGCUGCAUGCAUUUUGUUGCUGUUUUGUUAAGUCGUGAGUGAUAUUCCUCAUUCACUGCUCAGCAAAGGUCAGCAGCUCAGGGUUGCUGGAAAUGCUGCUCGGCCUGCUUUGCCCAGCAGCUGUAGCACGUAGCCUAAAGCAACUUUGAGGUUGUUCACAAUCAAGGGAAUUUUCACGAUAGAUGGGGCCUUUUUUUAAAAUCAAAUAAAGGUUGACUGAUUUAGUAACUGGCUUGUUAUAAAGACGGCACCCGGUAGAUUAGCUUCAGUUUUGCACUUCAAAAUACUAUCUGACAUUUAUCUGCCGAAAACAUGUAGAUAAAAAUGAACCACGUGGAGAAAUCAUCUAGAUUUGAAGCAUGUUGGUGCAGGAGACUGUGACAGAGUUCAUGGAGCUCCGGCUGGCUGGGAGUCCUCAGACCUGCAGCUUGUUCCUGGAGAGCAGCUGGGCCGAGGAGGGGAAGGGGGGCUGGAGGCAGCCGUCAUCAGCAGAGCUCAGAGUGAGUGUCAGCUGGCUGAGCAGAGCAUGGUGGCAGAGCAGAGCAGAGCAGAGCAGAGCAGCAGGACAGGGUGCAGCUGCUGGGCUUUGGCCAGGACGCUCUGAGGAGCCCAACACUUUAAAUGCCACAUCUGACGCCUCCAAGUGAAGAUAUGUUCGAUAACUCCAACUACCCCUUCAACUGCUUCAACUACGAUGGAGACGGAUACCCUUCAUCUAGCACCGACGAAGAGAAGAAGAUGUGUAGACCCGCGUACAGCUACAUAGCGCUGAUCGCCAUGGCCAUCCAGCAGAGCCCUGAGCAGCGGGUCACUCUGUCGGGCAUCUAUGAGUUCAUCAUGAAGAGGUUUCCUUACUACCGAUCCAACCAGAGAGCCUGGCAGAACUCCAUCAGACACAACCUGUCUCUCAACAGCUGCUUUAUCAAGGUGCCUCGGACUGAGGGCAAUGAAAAAGGAAAGGGAAACUACUGGACUUUUGCCACUGGCUGUGAAUCCAUGCUCGACUUGUUUGAAAACGGCAACUUUCGGCGUCGCCGGCGUCGAAGGAAUGUGAAAAUUGGCCUCCGUGAUUCAGGAGAAACUCCUUUCCACCCUCUGGAGAGCCACAGCAACCAGCACCUACCCUCAGCCCGGCGCCCUGAACCCAGCUCCACCCUCUGCCCUUUGAACCCGGAGAGGCCGAGGAUCCAACCGAACCACCUGGUCCAGAACCCCACCCAGCAGGGCAAACCAGAGCCAGAGAUCAAGUUUAGCAUUGACUACAUCCUGUCCACUCCGGAUCCACCCCUGCCCGGGUUCAGAUCCUCCCACGGCCCCGUACAUAUAGGGCCCACGGGACCACCUAUUCAUGUUCUGGAGCCCCAACACCUGAACCUGCACUUCUGGACUCUUUAAGAGGAGAGACUGAACUCAUUCCUUCAUCAUUGUCUGUGUCUGAAACUGGGAACUAUGAGGACAUCCAAAGACAGGAAUUCCACAGGAGGAAUUUUACUUGAAAAUGUAAAUGAGGAAACAGAAUGAAGAGGUACAGUAUUGUGUGGUGGAUUCUAGCUGGGAAAAAAAAAGUCACUUAAAGAAAACAUCUUACUGUCUGAGAAUUCAUCCAAAAGAUUAACUGUGAACAGAGCAGAAACAAUACGUAAAGCAUUCAUAUUGUCA